UUUUUCUAUGAACAAAGGGGCCCAUGGCCAGCAAACUUUCCCUAUAAAAGGCCAAUUUCUUUACCUGAAUUCACAUACCAAAGCUUCCAUCUUCAGCUCUCUCCAAUUGUUUCUCUUAGGCACAAAUAUUUUGUCCCUCGUUUUAGCUACCAGAAUCUCAACUUACUUCAUACCCUUGACCACUUGCCCAUAUUCGUUUUUGUAUUGAUCUAUUUUCAAACUCUUGUGCUCUUCGCUCUCCUAAGAUGCAGAUUGAAAAACAGGCUAGAUAUGCACUUCUGCUGGCAGCAAAGGACUCUGAGUAUGUGAAGAAAGUGUAUGGCGGCUACUACAAUGUGUUUGUUGCAGCUUUUGGCGCAGAAGGAGAGAGUUGGGAUUUGUACAGAGUUGUAGAGGGAGAGUUUCCUAAAAAGAGUGAGCUUGAAAACUAUGAUGGCUUUGUGAUCAGUGGCAGCCCUUAUGAUGCUUAUGGCAAUGACCACUGGAUCAUCGAACUUUGCUUUCUCUUGCAAUAUUUGGAUGCCAUGGAGAAGAAAGUCCUUGGCAUUUGCUUUGGUCACCAGGUUUUGUGCAGAGCACUGGGAGGAAAGGUUGGGAAGGCUGAUACAGGGUGGGAUAUUGGGCUGAGGAAAGUGAAGAUAGUGAAGGACCUGUCGCCAUUCAGCUUCUUCGACGGAUUGGAUGAAAUCCCACCUGCGCUUUCGAUCAUCGAGUGCCAUCAAGAUGAGGUCCGGGAAGUUCCUUCGGGUGCUGAAGUGAUCGGAUACUCCAACAAGACGGGGGUCGAAAUGUUCACCAUUGGAGGCCAUAUUCUUGGCAUUCAAGGCCAUCCUGAGUACUCCAAGGACAUCCUUUAUAAUCUCAUCGACCGCCUUCUCAACAACAACUUCAUAGAGAAAGGUUUUGCUGAAAACGCAAGGUCUGCACUGCAAUUGGCUGAACCAGACAGGAAGAUCUGGGAGAAGAUCUGCAAGAUUUUUCUCUCAUAA